AUGGCAAUAACGAAUAGUCUGCCACUCUCUCAGUGGUACUACGAGGCCACCUCUGAGUGGACGCUCGAUUACCCACCAUUCUUCGCUUACUUUGAAUACCUAUUGUCGAUACCGGCAUCAUUCAUCGAUUCCCAGAUGCUCAGGGUGCAAAAUCUUGGCUACGACGCCUGGACCGUUGUAGCAUAUCAACGAACAACCGUCAUCGUCACUGAGCUAGUUAUGGCUCUCGCACUGCGCUCCUUUAUUCCCAAAAGUAUUCACCCUAAUAUCCAACGCAUCAUUUCUGCAUCGCUAUUCUUCCACCCGGGAUUCCUGAUUGUCGAUCAUAUUCACUUUCAGUACAACGGCUUUAUGUUCGGAAUUCUCCUUUGGUCAAUUCUGAUGGCUCGUAAUGAUCACAAGUUACUAAGCGGAAUCCUGUUUGCUGUACUGCUCAACUUUAAGCAUAUCUAUAUGUAUAUCGCGCCUGCAUACUUUGUCUAUCUCCUGCGGUCCUACUGCAUGACGCCAAACGGCACCAUUUCGAUACCGUCGUUCCUUCGACUUGCUCAAAGUGUGCUUGCAGUGUUUGCGGUUUCCUUUGGACCAUUUAUUUGGCUCCGUCAAGUGCCACAAGUGCUCUCGCGCCUCUUUCCCUUUACUCGCGGUCUGAAUCAUGCCUAUUGGGCACCAAAUGUUUGGGCACUUGUGACUGCGUUGGAUCGCGUCCUUCUCAAGAUCAUCAAAAUGCGAAAGAUUGAUUUCGAGGUCGACACUUCUGCUGUAGACUCUACUUCGCGAGGUCUCGUCGGCGAUACGAGCUUUGCUGUAAUCCCAAACGUUAAGCCCAUUCAUACGUUUGCCAUCACCAUUGCAUUGCAGACGGUGUUCCUGGUCAAACUAUGGAGAAACCCGACAUACAAGUCCUUUGUUGCUGCGAUCACACUUUGUGGAUAUGUCUCGUUCCUUUUCGGAUGGCAUGUGCACGAGAAGGCAAUAUUACUUGUACUAGUGCCUCUCAGUCUUCUUGCUGGAGAAAGACAUAGCUACUUCCGAACCUUUACAAUUGCAAGCGAGGCUGAUCGUGUCCUAGAAACUAUCAUCAAAGUCGUGUACUCCAUUCUCUGGUGCAUCCUGGUCCUGUCACCCCUUUCAAAACAAUUAUACGAAUUUCCCUCCGGAGUCAUCGCUGUCGCCACGGACAUCCUCGAACGAGCAUACCUCUACGGUUUCAUCCUCCUACAAGUCUUUGUCUCUCUUUACCCCGUUCUCACAAAGACACGCGCUCAGGCUGGAGACACGGCUGCAGAGUCCCUAUCCAAGCUCGAGUUCCUGCCGCUCAUGGUCACCAGUAUCUAUUGCGCCAUCGGGGUCAUCUGGGCCUUUUUGCGAUUCUCGUGGUUGUACCUCACGGAGAAGUAUUGA